GCUCUCCUCCAUCAACCCGCUGUGUCCCCUGGGUGCGGUCGUCGUCAAUAUCGUUAAAAAGCGCCGGAAGCUGGAGGACCACUACAUCCUGGGAGACAGCCUGGGUGAGGGUCAAUAUGGCACGGUGCGUGCAGCCGUUGCCACAGUGGAUCAGGCAACGGUGGCCGUGAAGACCACAAGUAAAUGCACUUUUUGCAUGGAGGUCGUCCGAGGCUUUAGUUCAGAAUGUGAUGCUGAGGUGCAGGCAUUGUUCAUCGUAGCUUGGCAGAAUCGCCGGCAAGUCACGAAGUGGGAAGGGCUUCACUGCAUUGCGGAAGCGGGCCCCUGGCUUCUCAGGAAAGACAGCGUGGUGAAAGUCGGUGAUCUGGGCGCUGCCACUAUGUUGGUCAACAACAAGGUGGACGCAAAUUUCACCACGUGGAUCGCCACACCUGAGUUUUGCGCGCCAGAGCUUCUUGAAGCUCGAAGCAACAACAGUGCUAUUUAUGGACCAGAGGUUGCCGACCCAGCCUUGAAGGACAGUGGCUAUUUUCCAUUCAACGGAUCGGAUGAGGAAUUAGCGCGCGAGGUCAGAGCAGGCAUUAAUUCUGUGGCUAUGCCCUUGGAUUUGUCAGGGCAGGCCAUUGACUUCAUCAAGUGCCUCCUUCAAAAGGAGCCGUCAGAAAGGUUGUGCGGGGUGGACUCUGUGAAAAGGCACUCCUUCUUGCGUGGCUUCGCUUGGGGCGAUGAGGCCGUUGACAGUUUGCCCGGCAUGCAGUCCUUGGAUCAAGGCCCUCCGCCAGCUGCCAACGUGGAAGUGUCCAUGCCUUGGAGCGGUGGGUCGUCAGAGUUGGUUCAGCCAAAGGAAAUUGGCUUCCGUGUCUUUGAGCACAUCAUGCUCCAGUCCCAAAGCCCAGCCACUGAAGCUGUGGGACGCCUUCGAAGUGACAGGUGCACAGCGGUGAAUCUGACAGGCCCCAACGCCCCUGAGAAAAAUUUGAAAGAGAAUGAGGCGCGUGGAUUUUUCACGCUUUGUUG